UGAGGAUGGGUAAGAAUGUACAACUUACACGUGUUAGAAGUUGGAGCAACUUUUAGUGUUGUGUACCUCCCUACUCCGGUUUUUCUGCAAAAGAGCCACCCUAUGUCAUCGGAUUUUUCAUAUAUACGGAAACCUGCUAUUUCGAACAUUGCAUGCGAAACAAGAACUGAGAGUGUGGUAUACAGAGAGUAGGGGUCCCGAGACUGACGACUAAGCAACUGUUUUCAUCACAAUUUUAUUACUGCAGUUCCAGCUGACGCAGUCGGAGAAUUACAUUUAGAUAUUGCAUUGCUUCAGCGGCGUAAAUAUUCUGGGGUUUUCUUUGCUUUAUGGCAGAUGGACAUUUCUUGUGUUGCUUGAACCCUGGCUUGGCUUGCUAAGCUAUUUUAGUGGAUUUGUGUAGGGAAGCAUUCAAAGAUGUCGCAAAGAGCGAAGAGGAAGCGGACGGUCACAGAGGACGCAGAAGCCGUCUUUUCGAGAAGAAAGAAGGAGCCAGAACGACAAAAUGUGGAGAAGAAAUUCACAUACAGGGUCUUGCUUCCUAACAGCUCCAAUUUGACUCUUACUUUGGAGAACCCCGACGAAGAGAUGAGCGUGGGGAACUUCAUCCGUGCGGUGACGAGAAAGUACGAGAAUGGGGACACGGAUAAGGGAUCCAGGCAUAUCCAGUGGACUCAAGCAUACCUGGAAGAUACCAUGGGGAAUAAAAUUAAAGACGGAAAGAUAAUACCCCUCGCUGCCGUUAACAAAGCUGCCACUAUAAUUCUACAGGGAAUAAAUCGGUUGGCUCCAGGAUUCAUGAUUAAUCAGGACGGUGGCAUCGAUACUGUACAUACUUAUCAGGACAUGUGGGAUGUGACUCCAGAACCACAUCUUUUGGUGGCUUUGCCUCAGGAUUACUCUACAGAGACGGCUUUGGCUGAUCUAAUUGACAACUCUUUACAAGCUGUUUGGGCUAAUGCGUCUGGUGAAAGGUGUUUAAUAAGUGUCAAAAUAGGCAAUCGAGAGAUAUCAAUUUUUGAUAGUGGCCAAGGCAUGGACGGAAGCAAAGAAAAUUCUAUUGCAAAAUGGGGGACCAUGGGCUCCUCUAACCAUAGAGCUGCUAGAUGUGAGGCAGUGGGAGGAAAACCACCGUAUUUAAAGCCUUUCUUUGGAAUGUAUGGAUUUGGGGGUGUUGCAGCUUCCAUGCAUCUGGGAAGUGUAGUUAUGGUGUCAUCCAAAACAAAAACAUCAAAGAAAGUUGUCACCCUAAGGCUGGAAAAGGAUUCGUUGGUACAGAGGUCAAAAUCAGAUCGAAUCUGGAGGACACCAGGGGAGAUAAGAGAGGUUUCGCAAGAAGAAAGAAAAAUGUCUCCCCAUGGUAGUUUCACUAAGGUGCAUAUAUCCAGCUUAAAGGCACAGUAUUGGAACGGGGAUCAACUUAAGUGCAUGCUAAAAGACAUUUACUUUCCAUACAUUCAGAAUGAUGGAUCUGAUGAAGCUGUUCGGACAAGUACCCCAGUAGAAUUUGAGGUAAAUGGUACUAAUCUGACUGAGGUAAAAGGAGGAGAAGUGGUUGCAACAAAUUUGGCAGCUUGUAAUGCACCACCAUUUAUCCUUGAGCUUCAUUUUAAAUGCCACCCAGAGACUGACAUGAAAGUGGUUACUGCUGUAGAAGAAGCUAAUGCAAAGCUCUCUUGCUUUUAUUUUCCAAUUAUUCAGGGGAAAGAAAGUAUUGAUGCUAUUUUGGAAAAUCUUGAAUCAGAGAAACGUGGUUUGGGGGAGAACUUUGAGAAAUUUUGCCGUGUUUCCAUAAGGCGCUUGGGGCGUUUACUUCCUGAUGCACGCUGGGGUCGGCUUCCCUUUAUGGAGCCUAAGCGCAGGCGGACAGAGAAUGCACUAAUUCCACAACAGUGUUAUAAAAGGGUCAAAUGUUUUGUUGAGACAGAUGCUGGAUUUUCACCUACAACUUCUAAAACUGAUCUUGCUCACAAACAUCAAUUCACUCUUGCAUUAAAAAGUCUUGGGCGGAAACCUGAUGCUAGCUCUCCAACAAUACAUGUGGAUAUAGAGAGAGAUGGUAAGCCACUGUCACUAAAUCAACUGGAUAAGGAAUAUCAAGAGUGGUUAAGGGCAAUGCAUGAGAGUUUUGAUGAAGAGGUGGAGUGUUGUGACAACCAGGCAGUGUUGAUUUUAAAUCCUAGCAAUGGGAGAGAUCUUGGGAUUUCACAUAAUGUGAUGCGAGUAAUUACUCAGAUACGAAGAAAAGGACAAUUAUGGAAGGCUUGUCAAAGAGUAAAGAUUGUUAAAGGAGCUCCUGGUGGGAAGGAUCUUUAUGCAACUUUGGAGUAUAUCUUGUGUGGGGGUUUAGAAGGUGAUCCAGGUGAAGCUCGAAUGAUCUGCAGGCCAAUGGAAUGCCCUGAAGAGAGGGGGAGCAAGUUAGGUAUCAACAAUGGAAUUGCAAGCUUUGAACUUGGGAUUUCCAAAUCUUUUCCCCUGGAUUGGACAUCAUCUGGAAAGUGUCUGGCUGUGGAUGAUGAAACAUGGACAAAACAGCUUGAGAAAAAGAGGCUCAAAGCUCCAGCAUUUAUUGACAUAUUAAACACAGAGCAUGUACAAAAAUUUGAUGUUGAUAAGGGAUUUCCUAAGGGAGAAACAGUUCAAGCAGGAUUUGACUUACCAAAGGAAAUUAUAGCUGUUGUAAGGCCACAUUCCUUUACUGCAGAUAAAAGCUUAGAUGUUACUGAUCAAAAGCAUAUUGUCAAGGAUAACAUGGAAAUGAGAAUGGAUAUUAGAGAUGUCAGAGAAAAUGGCUUUGCUCCAGAAAAAUCAGCAGGAACUGAUGUGAAGUAUACAAUGCAAACGAGAACUUCCUCUCGGAAAGGAGUCCAUGGAUUGUAUUGCUUCUCGAUGGAAGGAUCCCGUUUAUUGGAGAUGUUCACAAAAGCAGGACGAUACAGAUUUACAUUUUCUCUAGUGAACAGUUCAGAUGCAAAUCCAUUGUGUAGAGAAGAAUAUUUAUGUGUUGAGGCAUCAGAAAAAAUUGAGCAUUGGAAACUAAGUAAUCAAUUGUCAGAUUCAGAGGGUGUUGAACUUAAGCGACUUGAAGGAAGGCUGGGAUCUGAAAUUGGACCAAUUUAUAUAUCCUGCUUUGAUAUCUAUUAUAACUGGAUUGCUUUUAAGACCUAUCCAAAGAUUCAAAUACAAGUUCGGAAGAUGGGAAAGCCAGUGGGAAUUGAUAUAGAGAAUGCAUCUGGAAAUAUAACACACGACAAAAUGCAUGUGCGAGUGAAAGUUUUGUUAGGAGGCAAGCUGAAUUUGUUGCGACCUAGUUUUGAAGCAUCUUUAUGUGUUGGUAUUAAGGAGCCUUGUUAUGCUGAAAUGCCAAUAACAGUGUUACCGGGAGAUUUGUCUAAAGUGGAGAUCUUGAGUAAGCAGGAAUUGGACAACUGCUUGCGCCCUGAAGAUGUGAUUCAUGACUUUGAAAUGCAGGCAAUGGAUACUUAUGGAAAUCCUGUUGAGAAAGGACGAAGAGUAAAGGUGGAAUUGGCAGGGCUCAAGUUCCAGGACCAAAGUGAUUUGUAUCGUAAGGUUGAUGAUCAAGGUCGUCUAAAUUUUGGAGGAUUACUCAAAGUAAUAGGGAACUACGGCACAAAAGGUUAUAUUCGUGUUUCUUCAGACUCUCAGAUGUUACUAGAGAAACAUUUUCAACUUCUAAGUAGGGAACUGAAAGUGAUGUCUGGGGUGCCAGAGCCAGAGGAAUUUUAUGCAGGUUCUACCAUAGACAAUCUUGUCUUUGGAAUUUUUGAUGAAAAGGGACAAAUUGAUGAAGAAAUGAAUGGUCGCCAACAUUCAUUGAUGAUCGAUCCAUCUCCGCAAGAUGGAGUUCAAUAUCCCUUCAGAAUGGGAAUAUGUAAAAUUCCCAAAUUUACUCUUCCAGCAGAACCUGGGACUCUGGAGUUUAAAGCUUUCCAUUCAUUCCAUCCAGAACUUUAUGUGCAUUUUAAGAUUGUACCAUUAGCAAUGGUCAUGUUGCCAGAGAAAGGAUUUGACGAUGGUGCCGUAUAUCAGGCUUUAGAUGAAUCUGUGAAAUCGGAUCCAUGUCCAAGUGAUGAAAUGACUGCCGAUUCAAAGAUAAGGUCACAUGGGAUAUCUCUUUUAAAUAACUUAAAGAAAUGGGAUGAGGAUCUGAAACGACGUGGGGCUAAAGUAGGACAGUAUGAAGCGAAAUUGAGUACACUACAAAAUUCUCUGGCUACCUUGGAAGGUGAAAUUAAGAAAUUGACUAAUGGUUCAAAAGGUAAUGACAAAACGAUGUCAAAUCAAGGCUCCCAUAGAGUUGAACAAACAAUAGAAGAAAUCAAAAGACAGGGAAACAGUGCAGGUGCUGCAUGGGUUGAACUAUUUAGUAGCCAGCAACUUAAGUUCUGUCAACCACCAGUUUUUUCAGAUGUGAUUGGAGUUGUUGCUCUGUUAGGAAAAGUAGAGAGUGAUCUAAUAAGUUGGGUAGUAUCUGAGUAUUUGGGAAAAGAAAAUAUGCUGGCUAUUGUUUGCAAGUCUCGUAAAGGGGUGGAACAGCUUGAAAUGCAUGAUUCUACGGGAAAAAUAAUACCAUUAUCUGGCAUUCAUGGUAUAGCAGAUACACAACGGAGGUAUAUUGAUGGCAGGUUCCGUGUCAUAUGCCUUGACGACAUAAGGUGUUAUGAUGGGGAUUUCAAGUCUGAUGAUCCACAGAAGGAGUUGAUUAUAGAGGAUCCAAAAUUAUUGUCUGGCAGUGUCCCUACUGGAUUCAUUGGUUAUGCUGUAAAUCUGAUCAAAUUGGAUCCUGAGAACCAAUAUUCUUUAGCUACCCCAGGGGUUGGUUUGAGGGAAACAUUAUUUUUUAAUCUUCUUUCUUUUGUGCAAGUAUAUGAUACAAGAAAUCACAUGAUGCAAGCCAUCUCUUGUAUACAAGAUGGUGCUAUCUCAUUAGAUGGAGGCAUCCUUAGGCAGAAAGGCGUCAUUGAGUGUGGAAACAGGGAGGAAGUUGCUGUGAGGUUUCCAACCACUUCAUCAGAAGAAAUAACCUCACCCAAUCAAUGUCAUAUUUUGAUUGAGGAAACAUUAAACAUGAAAAUGAAGCAGAAGAAAAAAUUGGAUGACGAAAUCAAACGAACUAAGACAGCUUUAGAUAAAUCUACUAGAAAAGUUAGUGACAAAUAUGACGAAUUUCUCGAACUCCAGAAAGAAUAUGCAAGCCUGAGUUCUCUUGUUAAACCAGAUAUUUUUGAAUUAGGAUCAUCCUGAGAUCUGAAAUAUUCACCUGGCUUUGCAGGCAAACAUCUUGAUGAAUUCUUAAGAGCAUUUGAACAUGAAAUCCUUUUCUUCAAGAUUCUAGCUCUUUUUUGGUAAUGAUGUAUGUAGAACAAAAUGCAGCUUAUUAUGAUGUCA